UCUCGCCCACUCAACUACUCUUGGCUGGUGUACACUGAUACUGAUUACUGAGCUGAAUGCUUACGUUGGAUUACUAGUAUAAGUCCUGAAUAACUUGUACUACGAAUUAACGGCAUUCGUCUUUGUGGAAAUAAAACAAUCUAGAAGACCGCGGUUUUUCAUUGGAAUAAGUAAUCACUAAGUUCAAGGAUGCAUACUAAAGAUCUAAUCAAAUCUAGUUGGGCAGAUGAGGUUGAAGAUCAUUUGGAGAAAACAACAUUGCCACCAGCAAAAGUUGAUACACAUGGCAAUACCAAAAUUAUUACUGAAUAUCGUUGGAACAAGGAUGACAAAAAAGAAAAGGUAGUCCGUACAUAUAAAAUUGAAAAGAGAUUAGUAUCUAAAACUAUCGCUGAGCGAAAGACAUGGGUUAAAUUUGGAGAUUCUCGUAAUGAUAAACCCGGACCAAAUACUUCUACCACGAUUCCGGCCGAAGAAAUACAGAUGCAAUUCUUAUCUGGUAAGGAUGGUGAUAAGGUUGAAGAAAACCCAUUGGACAAAUUAAAGAAUGUGAACAUGAACAUUAAAUGCCGAAAUUGUGGCGGAGAGCAUUGGUCGUUUUCAUGUCAUCUCAAAGGUACUGGUUUGGUUAUUGAAGACAAAAAACUGGUUCAAGAAAAGGUACCAGAGCCUGAGAAAAAUACUAGUACCAACAGACCAUAUAUUCCCCCAUCAGCAAGAGAAGGAGCCACAAAUACAGCUGGAAAACGAGAUCCAUAUUCACGUGGUUAUGACGAAGUACCUGCUAUCCGUAUUGAAAAUCUUUCUGAAAGUACAUCUGAAGCUGAUUUAAGUGAAUUAGUGAACAAAUUUGGUCAAGUUGCUCGAAUUUUCUUGGCAUCUAAUAAGGUCACCGGUGCUUGCAAAGGAUAUGCAUUUGUUAACUUCAAAUCAAAAUUGGAUGCCGAACGAGCUAUUAAAGGAUUACACGGAUAUGGUUAUGAUCAUUUAAUAUUAAAUGUUGGUUGGUCGACUAAUAACUAUAGUAAGAGUACUUACUAAUUUGAUGGAAAUUUCUUGGAAAUAACAAUAAUAAUUUUUUCAUUAUGCUA